AUGGACAAGCUGAAGCAGCAAUCUUCAAGCCGAGAAAUUGUCUCAAUUGUGGGGAUGGGAGGCAUUGGUAAAACCACCUUAGCUAGAAAAAUUUAUGGAGGUGCUUCAAUCAUUUCUCACUUUGAUUGCCAAGCUUGGGUUACUAUCUCACAGGAAUAUAAUUCGAGACAAGUGUUCCAAGGCCUUCUUCAUUCUCUUGGCCGAGGGGUCUGUAAAAACGAUGAAACUAGCAACACGGAAUUGGUUGAGCUAAAAUGCUUCCCGGAUGACAACAAUGGAAGUCGAGUCUUAUUGACUACUCGACUAAAAAAUGUAGCUGCGUACGUUUGUCCAGGUAGUGAUUUUUGUCAUAACAAGUGUUUCUUGGGAUCAUAUGAAAGUUGGGAUCUUUUUUGCAAGGUGUUGUCUGAGAGAAUAAUUUUGUCCCCUAAAUUUGACAUAAUUGCUAGAGAGAUAGUAGACAAGUGCAAAGGAUUACCUCUUGCAAUUACUGUGGCUGCUGGCCUCCUCUCAAAUUCCAAAAAAACAAUUAAUGAAUGGGAGCGUAUUGCAAAAAAUAUUCCUACAUUAAGUUUAGAUCAUUCUAAUCAGCUGUGUGAGAACAUCAUUCAUUUGAGUUACACCUUCUUACCCCAUCAUCUUAAGCUUUGUUUUCUGUCAUUUGGGUGUUUUCCAGAAGACUAUGAGGUUUAUGAAGAUGUGAUUGUUAACUUUUGGGUUUCAGAAGGAUUUCUAAAGGUUUUGAGGUCUGAGAGGUUAGAAGAUUUGGCAAGGAAGUCUUUACAAGAUCUUGUAGAUAGAAAUCUUGUUCUAAUUUGUGAACAGAGAAAUAUAAUAUGUGGAUUAUCAAAAGCAUAUCAAAUGCAUGAUGUCUUGCGUGAAUUAGCCUUGAGAGAAGCUCAGAAGGAGAAUCUACUAUAUUCUAAGAAGGGUAAUGGCGUGGCUUUGAGGUAUAAGAGAAUUCCGCCAGUAAACUCUUCUCGUAUAUCUCAACCAUGGAAUACUCAAUCAAGAAUUUGUAGUUACAAGUGUUUAACUCAUUCUAGCAACACCUCUUCAUUCAUUGAUAUAUACGGCUAUACUAGGCUGCUGCAUAUGCAUUCUAAGUUCUUAAGGGCAUUGGUGCUACAUGGAUUCCUUAAUAUUUUAUUGGAGAUUGCAGGUCUAGUGCAUUUGAGAUGGUUAAAAAUUGCUUGUGACUUGAAUAUCUAUUCUCUACCUUUGUUCAUGUUAAGGAAUCUACAGAAGCUAGAACUUCAUAGUUAUUCAUCCUGUGAUUCCCUUGAUAUCUGUGGAUUACCUCAACUAAGGAAUCUCUCUAUUAGGGAAGGCAUUGCAUUAGUUCCUCCAAGAUCAGUUCAUCAUAAUUUGGAGAGGAUUAGAUUUUUGGAUUAUAGGAGUUGUACUGAGGAGCUAUGGAAAGAUGUGGAUCUUAUUGGUACAUUGUCUAAGCUAGAGGAACUCAAAUUGAGAGCUUGGUCAGUUCAUGGCCGAAGAUGGGAACCUAGAGACGGAGGGUUUCAUGGAUUAAAGUUCUUGGCCAUGACUAGUUGUGAUCUACAAUGCUGGGAAGUCACUAGUGGUCAUUUUCCUGUCCUCGAGUAUCUAGCCUUCAUGUACAUGGGUUACAACGGUUUUAUGUCUUCUGCCAAGCGUAUUCAAGAAGAGCAGCGAGAGUACGGAAACGACGCAUUAGUUGUUGAUAUUGUAAGCCAGGGCGAUGCCAAUAGGAGAUUGGUAGGCCAGAGCUUACCUUAUUGGUUAGAUAUAGGUCUUAUCAUAUUCCCAGACAGUAUAUUUGGGGCCCUUUCCCCGUUAAAUCUUUGCAAGGAGAACGUUAUUUCCUAA